GGUCGCUGUUUGCAAUGGAUGAAGAACGAAUCGCAACCUGGCUUUUAUACAACUACUCUGCUUUUCAAAUGGUCAUCGACUGGAGAUGCACAUUGACGCGCCUUCACUAAGCAACAUGCGCUGAUCAUCCGAUGAGGAAUUGGAGGUCCGACGGAGAGGCUUCUGGCGCAUUUCUCAUUGAAAGAACUUAAUCGCUGUAUCAAGAACAGCCGCCGAGUCUCCAAGAUGUGGACACGGAUUUUCCGUUGACAUUUUCGAUCGGUGUCAAAAUGAUAAGGAGCAAGAGCAUUGGACACCGUUGGCGUACCCCGGCAAUCCCACCGUGAGAUACACUACACUCACAGAGAUCCGCAAAGCGUCUGUGAUUCUAAAUGGGUCUUCAAGGUGUUCUCGGAGAAAAACCCCAAAACGUGCGUCGGGGAAAUGUUGCCAAUUUGGCUAAAUUAUAUUUCGAUCUUCAGCAGUGGCUCGGCAACUCCCGCAACCUCCAACAUUAGGCGAUCGCCGAGGGACACUUCUACCCUACGCCCUCUGUUAGCGUUGUACUGUGCAACGUGCUGGUGCUUCACCUUCACCGCCCCUUUGCUGAGGGACGUCAUCUCCACAGUACGGCCCCAUCCAUCUCGAUCAAUUCGGACCGGACCUGCUUCGAGUACUCCACAACUAUGGCGAGACCUUCCCCAUCUGUCGCGACCCUAUCUGAUCCUACGCCACGUAUGUGGCUGCUAUGAUUCUCGUGCGGAUUGCCGCCCAGCGCAAGGAGGAACAGCAGCAACUCUUGGAAGGUUCGCUUAACUUUACAGCAUAUACAAUCUAUCUGUACGAACGGGUGUGCAGGUCUGAUAUCGCCUGGAUAUCACCUUUCAUAGCUAUACCUGAGCCCGCUAUGACACGAUCGCACCUACUUACCUUGCACUAUAUAGUUCACUACUUAGAUAAAAUCAGCACAUACGACCAUAGGGUGUGGAGAACAGGGCUUCCCGUCCGCUCAGCCGUAC